UUAUAGUUUGGAAUCUUACAUUUAAGUCUUUAAUCCAUUUUUAUUUGAUUUUUUAUAUGGUGAGACAUAGGGGGCUGGUGUUAUUCUUCUGCAUGUCUAUCCAGUUUUCCCAACACCAUUUAUUAAAGAGACCAUUCUUUCCCCACUGUAUGUUUUUGGUAUCUUUGUCAAAAAUGACUUGGCUGUGAAUGCAGGGACUUAUUUCUGGGUCCUCUGUUCUGUUCCAUUAGCCUAUGUGUCUGUUUUUAUGCCAGUACUAUGCUGUCUUGGUUACUAUAGUUUCGCAAUAUAUUUUGAAGUCAGGUAGUGUGAUGCCUCCAGCUUUUUUCUUUUUGCUUAGGGUUGCUUUGGCUGCUCAGGGUCUGCUACUUAUACUUUGGAUGAUAGAACUCAUUUCCUUCUCCGUUUACCUAUGAAUAACUUUAUUAUAAAAUUAUAUAGCCUCUUCUUGUUUGCAUUUUCCAAGUAUUUAUUAAGCAACUAACAAUAUUAUAUUUCAGGCCCAGUGUUCGAUGCUGGGAAAGCCUGAAAGCAAACAUCUUUGCUCUUAAGUGAACUUUGGGGCAGAAAGUGGUGGGGAACCAACAUAUAGACCCUUUCAGAACAAUGUCAUGGGAAUUUUAAUGGAUGUAAACGUAGGGUGCUAUGAGAGCACAGCAUUUUUCUAGCCUUUUUCAUCCUUUGGGAAGGUAAUACCUGAGCCUCUUUUUGAAGGACCUGUGAGAAUUAACCAAGGAGAGGAAUAGGAAUGUAACAACAUGAGUGAAAACAGAGGAGAGGUGAGGGGCAUUAGUGGGGAGUCAUUGGAUAGUUUAGAUGGGUCAUGUUCAGAUUUGAGUUUUAUUAUUCUGAUGGUAGAGUAGAGGAUGGUGUUGAAGGGUGCAAGAGUGGAGGCAGGGAGAACAGCAGGAAGCCUGUGAAAUUGAAUAAGAGCUAAGAACUGAAUAAAUCAGUAAGAUGGGAUGAGCUCAAGAAAUAUUUAAGAUGUAAAAUCCGUAGAACUUGCAAGUUCCUGUUUUUUUUAAUGUAGAUGACUGGAAGAAUGGUGGUACUGAGAGAAGGGGAUACCUAGUUCAGAAGAGCAAUCUCCUACCUGUAGUUUACAAGCUAUUCUUACCAUAGAUCUGCAUAGGCAAACUUGGUUUAAUGUACAUGCAAGUAAAAGAUAAUUUUAUUUCUCAAGGUAUGGAAGGGCUAUUAUUCUAAAUAUUUUCUUAGGCCUUUUAGGGCUGAGGGAAUUUUAAAACAUUGAGAUUAUAAGAUAAUACUAGAAUUCAGAAGGGUUAUUUUUACUCCAAAAUCUAUUUAUUCCUCUAAGUUUUCAUCUACUUUUCAUUCUCCCCUUACUAUGUUAGUGUCAUGAGACAUUUCUGAAGUUACAAAGGGAAAAUAUAAAUUAGUUUGUUAGAUAUGACUUAUUGAUAUAGAAUAUUAAGAGUUUUAUGUUUUUUAGGGUGUUUUCAAGCCUGUGGACCUUAACCAUGUCAUCAAACUUCUUGAAGAGACUAAUAAAUGUGCCCAGCUCUCCCAUCUCUUCCUAAGAGGUCCUAAAGAAAGGCUAGAAGUAAUAAGAUUCACCAAGAAGUUUAAGUCACAUCUACCAUAAUUUCUUAGCUGUAAAACAAAAUCAAUGAAUUGUGUUUAUGUGCCAAUAGGAUUUUUAAUAGAUAAAAUAAAAGAUACCUUUAUCUGAAGAUCUAGAAAGGCUAUAUUUUGCUUUCAUAUUAGUUUCAGAUAAAAUCCUAACCAAUUUAAACCUUAAAUACAGGAAAAUUCAUCUGAGUUUUAAUGUUAAUAAAAUAGUGGAAUAAAGUAGGUUUGGGUUGCUUAUUCUGAGACAGAAUAUGUUUGUGUGGGCAGGGUAGGGGAUGAAGAUGAAGGGUAAAAUUGAGCCUAAUCAAUAAGUUAAUGUUUUUAAUGUGCUAUUACUCAUUGCCAAUGGGGAAAUUAUUGAUCAACUAAAUCUGUGUUGUAGCAGUUUGUAAUCCAACUCAAGUUGUGAGAGGAAAAAAAUUGUGAGUAGGAGUUUACUGAGGCAAAAAGAAAAUAGUUUUCUGAAAAAAUAUUGUUCUAAAUUUCCUUUCUUAGACCUCAAAAUAAGAAUAAUUAAAACAGUAUCUACUGCAUUUAACAAAAUAGUUGGAAUUCUAGACUUUUUUCACAGAAUUAUUAUAAAGAGUAUGUUAACAAAAAUAUUAAUCUUAAUUUUAUUUCUUAACUAAACAUAUUAAAGCCAUUAAGGGAUUUAGCACAGAUAUUUAAAAUUCUGAAUCUGUGUGCAGGAAAAAUAAAAAACCAGCCUCGUUUUGUAGAAUCUGCAUAUGAUAUCAUAAAAUUGUGUGGGUAAGUUAUCUUUCUUUAACUUUGUUUUGUAUUAGCAUGGAAUAUUUUAUUAUGUUUCAUGUCACAAACAUACUAUGCAUUAUAGUGUAGCAGGUUGCUACAGAACUCAGACAACUUCAGUUCAUCCCUUGAUUCCAGCAGUUGAGACUUCAGCUUGCCAUUUUUGAAAAAGAAAGUAUCGGAUGAAAUAACUUAUGCUGAAGAUACUGCUAAUUCAAUUGCACUUCUGGGUGACUUAAUGAAAAUACCAAGUUCUGAAUUGAGGAUACAAAUUUGUAAGUGUAUUGUUGACUUUUAUCAUGCAGAACCACCAAAGAAGCAUAUUCCAGGUUACCAGCAAGCAAGUUCAUCAUAUAAGAUUCAAAUGGCAGAAGUUGGAGGAUUAGCAAAAACAAUGGUUCAGGCAAUGACCUUGCUUGAAAACCAACUUGUUGAGAAACUUUGGGUACUUAAAGUUCUGCAGCAUCUCUCAACUUCUGAAGUUAAUUGUAGUAUAAUGAUGAAAGCACAAGCAGCCAGUGGAAUCUGUGCUCACCUCAAUGACCCAGAUCCCUCUGGACAGCUUUUAUUUCGUUCAUCAGAAAUACUUUGGAACUUGUUGGAAAAAUCUCCAAAAGAAGAAAUCCUACAACAGCUUAGUAACUUGGAAUGUUUGCUGGCUUUGAAGGAAGUAUUUAAAAAUCUGUUUAUGAGAGGUUUUAGUCAUUAUGACCGUCAGCUUAGAAAUGACAUAUUAGUGAUCACUACAAUUAUAGCUCAAAAUCCUGAAGCACCAAUGAUUGAAUGUGGCUUUGCUAAGGAUUUGAUACUGUUUGCCACCUUUAAUGAAGUUAAAAGUCAAAAUAUUUUGGUAAAAGGACUUAAGCUUUCUAAUUCCUAUGAAGAUUUUGAGUUGAAGAAAUUACUGUUCAACAUAAUUGUGAUCUUAUGUAAAGAUUUACCUACUAUACAGCUAUUAAUUGAGGGCAAAGUUAUUUUGGCUUUGUUUACCUAUGUUAAGAAGCCUGAGAAACAAAAAACAAUUAACUGGUCUGCAGCACAGUAUGAAGAAUUACAACUGCAUGCAAUUGCCACUUUGUCUUCAGUGGCUCCUUUAUUAAUAGAAGAAUACAUGUCAUGCCAGGGAAAUGCUCAAGUCCUUGCAUUUCUAGAAUGGUGUGAGAGUGAAGAUCCGUUUUUCAGUCAUGGUAACAGUUUUCAUGGUACAGGUGGCCGAGGCAACAAGUUUGCCCAGAUGCGCUACAGUUUACGACUCCUGAGAGCCAUGGUCUACCUUGAAGAUGAGACUGUAAACACAGAUCUUUGUGAAAAGGGAACAAUUCAGCAAAUGAUAGGAAUCUUUAAAAAUAUAAUAAGCAAGACUAAUGAAAAGGAAGAAGCCAUUGUUUUGGAAAUCCAGUCUGAUAUAUUACUUAUCCUAUCUGGUCUUUGUGAGCACCAUAUUCAAAGGAAGGAAAUUUUUGGAACUGAAGGAGUAGAUAUAGUUCUUCAUGUGAUGAAAACAGAUCCCAGGAAGUUACAGAGUGGCUUAGGCUAUAAUAUACUUCUUUUUAGUACAUUGGACAGCAUUUGGUGCUGUAUUUUGGGAUGUUAUCCCUCAGAGGAUUACUUUCUUGAAAAGGAAGGCAUUUUUCUCCUUUUGGAUGUGUUGGCAUUGAACCAAAAAAAAUUCUGUAAUCUAAUACUUGGAAUAAUGGUUGAAUUUUGUGAUAAUCCCAAAACUGCAGCUCAUGUUAAUGCUUGGCGAGGGAAGAAGGAUCAGACAGCCGCCAGUCUUUUAAUUAAAUUGUGGAGAAAGGAGGAAAAAGAACUAGGAGUAAAACGUGAUAAAAAUGGGAAGAUCAUUGAUACAAAGAAACCUCUAUUUACUAGCUUUCAAGAAGAGCAAAAAAUCAUCCCACUGCCUGCUAACUGCCCAUCUGUUGCAGUUAUGGAUGUUUCUGAGAAUAUUAGAGCAAAAAUUUAUGCUAUAUUGGGCAAACUAGAUUUUGAAAAUUUACCUGGUCUAUCUGCUGAAGAUUUUGUCACUCUCUGUAUUAUACAUAGAUAUCUUGAUUUUAAAAUUGGAGAAAUAUGGAAUGAAAUAUAUGAAGAAAUAAAAUUAGAAAAAUUAAGACCAGUCACUACAGAUAAAAAAGCUUUGGAAGCUAUUACAACAGCAUCAGAAAAUAUUGGAAAGAUGGUUGCUUCUCUGCAAAGUGAGAUAAUUGAAAGCCAAGCACGCCAAGAUGUGCAAAAUGAACAAAAAGUAUAUGCAAAAAUACAAGCCACACACAAGCAAAGAGAGCUGGCUAAUAAAUCAUGGGAAAAUUUCUUGGCUAGAACAUCAAAUGCUAAAACAUUAAAGAAAGCAAAAAGGUUUCAAGAAAAGGCUAUUGAAGCCUCUAGAUACCAUGAACGACCACAAAAUGCAAUAUUUCACCCAACAGAUAUUAAAGGCCUUAACACAACGGUGCCUUCUGGUGGGGUAGUAACAGUGGAAAGCACUCCUGCCCGAUUAGUAGGAGGACCUCUGGCUGAUACGGAUAUUGCUCUUAAAAAACUGCCCAUUCGAGGAGGAGCCUUGCAGAAGGUGAAAGCAGUUAAAAUUGAGGAUGUACCAAAAAAGAGUAUUCCUACAUAAUAUACUCUACAGGCUUUUUGAAAUAAAAUCAGCUUAUAAUUUUUUUAGUUGAUAUCUUUAUAUAUACAUAAAACAAUUGUUUUAGAAUAAAUAUUUUAGUAUAACUAUUUUAGUAAAAUACUAUAAAAAAUAAAGGACAUAUAACUUAUUUUUAUGGAAAACAUCAACAUGUAAUAUCAGAAGAGUUGUCAUCAGUUUAUUUGGAAAGGCUACCAAUUUUAUUAAGUGAAGUUGUAAAGCAUAGUACAGCAGUUAGGACUCUGUUGGUUGCAUGUGAAGUAUUCUAACUCGUUUAAGCCAGAAAAAAAAAUUUCUUACAGGCUCUGUAUCUAUCAAAUCUAGAAGUAAUUUAGACUACAGACAUUGCUAAAUCUAGGGGCUAAAACUAUAUGAGUAGGUUCUUUUCCUUCCCUAGCAGCUGUUGGCUUACAUUCUCUUAAGUUCAUGCCUGUGUAUCAGUGGUUUCUGCAACGCCUAUGGAUCUCAGGACCCCUGAUUGACCACAUGCCUCCUCCUGAGCCAUUCACCAUAACGUGGACCAAGGCUGAGUACUGCCUAUUCCUGGAGCCAGAAGCAGGCCAACCCCACCCAAAACAUAUGGAUAGAGUGGGGAAUCAGGGUACUAUUAUCAGAAGUAAGUAUAUAUGAAUAUAGGGCAGCAAGAAAAACAAUACCUCUGCAACAAGUAUGUUGAUCAAAAUAAAAUUAUGCUUUCUUUGCUACAGAAGCAAAUGUUUAUCAUGAUCUAAAUGGUAAAAAAGAAAAAGAAAAAUACAGCUUGUUUUACUCUUAAUAUAUAAAUAUGCAAAGCAAACUCUAAUGCUACUUCUCUUCUUUAAUGGGGAAGAGAAUUAUACAAUGGGGGAAGUGUUUUCCCUCGUUUGGUGGUAGAGGUAUCUUGUCAAAGAAUAGGAGGUAAAUGCCUUUAUGCUGGAUAUAUAGGAAAUCUGUGUCCCUGGAUGCCGCUGUGAAGUUUCCCUCUCCUGCCUUCAUUCCCUUCAUACCCCUCCUCCAGCCAGGAAGCCACAAAGUUGAGUUCAUGUCCAGGGAUCAGAGAGACAAGGAUAUGUUUCUCAGACAGGAAAAUAAACUGGAAUUUAAGUCUGGAUUCUGGGCCCAUGGGGCACACUUAGCAGUGUACUGGUAAAUGUGUAACAGCUGCCUCUCCAGGAGGGAAAAGCACUGAUUUACGUCACAUUCUCACCAGUUCACACAGUAUAAAUACUGCCGCUAUUACCAAUCUCAAGCUACCAACAUGAUGCCAUUGAGUACAGACUUGGGAAAACAAAUAUAGGUUCUACUUUCAUUAUUAGAUAAGAGCAGUCUUAUCACCUCAUUGGACCCACAUUUUCCUCCCUCUUCUUUCCUCCUCCUCCUCCUGCCCCUGCCUCCUCUUCUUCCUCCUCCUCCCCCACUCCUUCCUUCCUCCUCUCUCCCUACAUUCCUCUAGGGAUUUUCCAUUAUCCUGUCUGUGAAGACAGUAACAUCUUCAUUGAGAGUAGAGAUUGCAGCUAUUGUUAUUGUUCUAAUUAGAAUGAGUUGCCAGUCCACCUUUGAUUGGUGGCCUCUCACCCUGGCCCAGACACCCAUCCCCUUGUGCCCCAUAGGAGUAGAUAACAUGUAUCAGCUUAUCAGUGAGCUUUGUUAUCUCCUGAAUGCCUUUCUCUAGUCUACCACCCUCAACAAGAUAUUAGAAGGCAUAAUUUGUUUCUUUCCUUCACAGGAAACCCUAAGCAUGGGCAGGAGCAUACAACAAUUGAGAUGCCCAUACAAAAAGCACCAGAUACAUCUUAGGUACACUUCAGAAUACCCAGAAUUGAUGUGAAGUAUCCAUGGCUAACAACAAUGAAUCUUUGCUCCAUUUUGUAGACUAUAAGCUCUCUAAGAACAAGGUAGAGACCAUAUCUCAUUAAUUAUUGUACUCAAUAUCUCAAUAAAUAAAUUAUUAGAUAAUGUGAUUGUGGCCUCAGCUCCUGGCAGCCUUUCCCUUCAGCUCUCCAAAUGCAGCUCAAUGUACUGAGUUCAAAGGGAAGAUUCAGCCAGCAAAAUACUAUACAAGUAAUGUUCAACAUAGACAACAUGUGAGUUUAAAUGUAUUUACUUCAUAACAUGAUAGAUUUUCUCCAAAAUGGUGAGGUAUAAAUACUACUACAUGAAUAUAACCAAGGUGUGGAAAUAGUAUUACCUGCCUAAGUAUCAUUUUUCUAUGUAGUACAACUAAAUAUCUCAGAUUGAUUAGGAUUGACUCUAAUCUAGAUAAUUUGUGAUGCCUGUGGACCUUUCCCCUUCCAUGUAGAUUUUACUUUUCUUCAGGAAGAAGAAAGGUAAAACAGGGCAGAUUAUUAUCUAUCAGCGAUUUAAUAGACAAGUAAAUGUAAGUUGAUGGAGAGCAGUAAUGUUGCUUAAUACAGACACUUGCACUUGGUAGACAGAUUCACCCAAGUUUGCAUAUUAUAACUCCAGCCACCACACAGUGAGUGAGUGAGUGAAUCUUUCUCACAAUGUCACUAAGUCUCUGUCUCUCAUCACAUCCUGUACUCUCACACCACACCUGAGCCCUAGGGGAUGUGAUGUCUAUCCUAUCCUGCCUCGCUGAGAGGAGGAUGGUAUAUUUUCUUACAUUAGUCAGGUGAGACAAAAUUUCAAGCUUUCAAACUGAAACUUACUAUUCAACUGAAUGAAAAGAAAGUCAAAAGAAUAAAAGUGAUGAAAUUCAGUGAGCACAGAUAAAAGUCACUUCAACAAUCUCAGUAAUGAGAUUUUUACCACAUGGGGGAGCUCAUUCCAGCAUGGUUAAACGAAUUGUCAGAUGGGGCUUACUUACAUUGGGUGAAAAAAAAUCAGUGAAUAAUUAAGUGAAUAAUGUUCAUCCAUCUGGCAUCCUUAG